AUGCACCGGGAUACACUCAUGUCUACGUCCGACGCUGUCUUGCUCUUUGACGCCGGAGCAGGUCAAGCCCAGGGAAGUAGAAGGUUCCAAGAGGACCGCUAUGUGUUGAUUCGACCCGGUCGAUUUCCAGCAGACACGGAGGAUACGCUUGCAUAUUUUUCAAUAUACGAUGGACAGUUUGUGGCAAGACUUCAACCUCUGAUCCUAGCACCAUCUGACUUGCAGUGUAGUGGCUCCGGUCUGGUUUCCGAGCAUGCGACGCAAAACCUGCAUAAUCUGUUGGCUCAACGACCCGAGCUCAAAAAAGGAGAAUACGCGCAAGCCAUCAAGGGCGCUCUGGCGGACGAGGACGCCCUCCUGUUGGAGAGCUUCAAAUACGAAUAUGCAAAGCCCGCGAUAUCCGGAUCAACAGUGGCCCUGUGCUUGAUCAAUCUCACGCAGGGAGAGCUGGUUUGUUCCAACCUGGGGGACUCGCAUGUCAUUUUAGCGGAGCGUGAUCCUAAAACGGAGAUGCCGUAUCACAUCCGCCGGCUCACUCAGGCACAUAAACCCGACACCCCCGACGAACAGGCGCGCAUCAAAGAGGCCGGGGGAACGGUCGAAGUGCGGAGCGGGGUCCCUCGGUUAGGAUCCCUGAAUAUGUCCCGCGCGUUGGGUGAUUUGCAGUACAAAAAACCGGUGAACACCGUCCAGGAAGAGGACUGGAUCCCCGGGGCCCGACGCGCCUCGUCGUCAUCCAUGCCCAUCCGCGGAGACUUCCUAUCCAAUGACCCGUAUACGUCGAGACGCACAUUGCGGGCAGGUCGGCGCUACUUACUGGUGAUCGUAUCGGAUGGAGUCAGCGACCGCACCGACGACGCGGGCCUGAUCCAGCACGUGAUGGAAUUGUCAAUGCGGGGGAUGCGAGCAAGUGAGAUUGCGCAAAAAGUGGCCAGCGAUGCGGCCCGUCAUCCACGUAGCGACAAUGCAUCAUGUAUUGUGAUCAUGGUAGAUGGACAACGAUCGUAA